CAGAAUGAUAACAUUGUUUCAUUUCACGCAUUUUAUUAUUUCUCCAGUAAGUAGUUUGAAUAAAGCUUAUUUAUUGCAGCUUAACUAUAAUAGUGAUAACCGAAUCCAUAAGUAUUCGUAGUUCGUACGUAUUCGUACAUAUCUGUCUUAUAUAUAUGACUCAUAGUAUCAUACAAUUUAACAAGAGAAAAUACUUCUUUAUAACUCUCACAAUUAUUUAUUUAUCUGUGCAUAUCUUUAUUUUAAUUUUAACUUAAAUAUUAAUAAUUUGUGUCUCUCGCCAAUCGUAAUUCGAUCAAAAUUCAAUUGGACCGAGUAAUCUAAGUUUUUAAUCUGCAUUCUUCUUAUUUAUUUCAUGAUAGGUAUAUAUAGUAACUUGCUUUUCUCUUUCUAUAUAUGUACCAGGUUUUCCAAAAACACUACAUACAAAUUCAAUCAAUUUAUAACGUCUAAAAAUGACACUGGCCAAUUUAUAUCUGUAGAUGCUAUUAAAAAACAAAUGGAUAUGAUAAAAUUCUGUAAAGUUCUUAUAACUUAAUUUAUAGCAGAUUUAGCUGUACUGCAUACUGUCCAUUUAAUAUGUUAUAAAAUGAAUCAGAUAGAUAUACACACGUUUAUCAACGAAUAUAAAGAGCGCGUAAAGAAACAGUUACUUCGUGAAGAGGAGAGUGCGAAAACACAAUUUGUAUCGUUCGCCGACAAAAGUCUUAGCAUUACUGAUAUUGAAUGGCUUCAAGAUAAUCAAGAGCGAUUCUUCAAGGACACAGCAAAUGAAGAUUUACUGAAACUCGAUUAUUUAUCUGAAUUAGGCUUUAUUUGUUGUAUGAUUUAUUCCCCUGAUGGAACAUUUAUUAUCGUUGGUCACUCCACGGGAUUAAUACAGAUGCGACACGGCACUACUGGGACGGUAUUAUGUACAUUACGAAAUAUACAAUUUCCACCAAAACCAGUGUAUGCUUUAUCGUACAGUCGUCUAGAAGAAAGGGUGUGCUACGCAGCUUGUAUGGAUGGAGCGAUAUAUAGAAUUGAGAUUCCAAAUAUAACUGCACCUACCGACAAGCCACCGGAAUACUGUAUUCAAGCAGAUCCAGGUUUAGAAUGCCUCAACAUGCAGUUCUAUGGUACACCGGGAAUAUCAUCAUACUCAACGCCUUUCAUCACACAAAGGUCCGCGACACUCUCUUUGGGAUUGUCUGCUGACCAAUCAAAGAUGGUGGCUGGAUAUGCUGAUACUUCAAUAAAAAUCUAUGACAUGGAAACCCAAGAGGCUGUAGUGACAUACAAAGUACAUAAAUUACGACUACAAUUUAUUCCUAAGAAAUUGCAACGUGCUCAUUUUGGACAAGUGUGUGCUUUACGAUGUCACGACGAGAAACCGUUCCUAUUCGCUUCCGGAGGUUGGGAUAGAACUCUGAGGAUUUGGGAUACGCGCUGUAAAGUGGGGUGUAUAAUGACUUUCGAAGGUGUCAAUAUAUGCAGUGAUGCCAUUGAUUUGAAUAGAGAUCACUGUAUUACCGGUAGUUGGCAACCGACAGAAGCACUUGUUGUGUGGGAUUUGGUUGCUCGUAAGCGACUCAACAUUAUCAGGGUACAAAAUCGUCGCCCUGACAUCGACGGAGAAUACAUUUACGCGUGCAGAUAUUGGAGGUCUCCGCAGUAUAAUCGUAAAGGUAAAUAUGCCAUCAUCGGUGGAAGUGGUACAAAUACAGUUGAAGUUAUAAACCUUCAUAACAGGUAUAGCGCUUGCUCGUAUCCAGCAGCGGGAACUGUCGUCGCUUUAACAAGUCACGAAAAUUGUAUUGCAUACGGCGGGACUGCUUCAGUAUUUAACAUUGUUUCAUUUCACGAUCCCAAACACGAAAAGUACGAUAAUUUUGAAAACUUUGAUGACGAUUAUAAUGAGAGAGUGGUCACAUUAUUCGAUGGAGAUGAAAUAUAUUAAUCAAGUGAAGCGAAUGUUGAAACUUUUUAAUCUAUUUGGGCAACAUCUGCUGUCGGAACUAAGUUAAUAUUGCUACGAAUCAGUGAUUGGCUUGACUGUUGUUGAUUAAUUUAAAUAUUAAAACAGUCUGAAUACACUUUUAUUUGUUUAUUUUAAUAAACACCGAAAGUAUAAUGUUCUUUAAAACUUUAAUGAUGAUUCUAAUAAAGGUUACAACACCUUUGAUGAAGAUGAAAUAUUAAUCAAGUGAAGCAAACACUGGAACUUAUUAAUCAAUUUGAGCAACAUCUGCUUUCGGAACCAAGCUAGUAAUGUCGGUACGAGUCAGCUAUUCGUUUGAUUCUUUGGUU